AUGUAUAACGAAAUUGUUGAAAAUGUGCUUGGUUCACUAGGAGCUGUUCUUUGGUCUAUUCAAUUAGUUCCACAAAUUAUAAGAAAUUACAAAGUUAAAGAUUGUACUGGUUUACCACCACUAAUGAUGUUUUUAUGGGCGGUUAGUGGUGUACCUUUCAGUAUCUACUUUUUGGGAAUUGAUGGUUCUAUACCAUUAAGAAUUCAACCUCAAUUGUUUACUGUAUUUUGCUUAAAUACUUGGUUCCAAACUUUAUACUAUCCUCCUCAUCAUGUCACAAGAAAAAAAUUAUUAUUAAUAAUAUCUGGCUUUGUAUUAAUUAGUGUUGGAUUAGAACUUGGAUUAGUUUUUGCACUUAGACCAUUACAUAGAAGAGGUAUUACAUGGCCAAUGUUAAUAAUUGGUAUAAUUGCUUCAAUUUUAUUAGGUAUUGGAUUAAUUCCACCAUAUUUUGAAUUGGGGAAAAGAAGAGGUAGAGUUAUUGGAAUAAAUUUUAUAUUUUUAUCAAUGGACUCAUUAGGUGCUAUAGUUUCAUUAUUAAGUGUUAUUGUUGGUCAUAUGGAUGUCAUGAGUUGUGUAUUAUAUGCAGUUGUACUUGCGUUGGAGGUUGGUAUUUUUACAAGUCAUACAAUUUGGUAUUUUAGAUAUGGUAGAAAAAUGACAAAAGAAGAAUUAGAUUUAGAAGUAGAAUUAAGUAGAUCAAAGGCUAAUUCACAUGGUUUAGAGAAAUCAAAUGAUUUGGAGAAAAGCAUCAAUGAAUACGACGAAGAGCGGGAAGGAAGAGUUGGGAAUGAAAGCUCCUCAGUUGAUGCUAUUGAAUAUGUUGGUGAACAUGUUGAUGAUGGCGAACAAUUAAUUUCAAAAAUUGAAUCAAAAAAAUCAAAUGAAGUUAUAUGA